GCCGCCCAAGGCGGAAGCGAUAUAUGAACUCGCCUCGCAUGCUCCUUUGCACUUUGCCACUACAGUAACAGUUUAAAAACCCUAACAGACAGCUUGGGGCAACAAUGUCUUCCAGUGUGGAAGUGGUUUUGCGGGCUGUGGAGACGCCACUGUUCUGGCUGGGUGCUGCGACCGCGGCCUGGCUGUCACUGUACUCAGUGUGCAGGUUACUGUCCGGGAUUAGAGUGUGGGUGCUGGGCAAUGGAAGGACGGUGUCGCCCGCUAAACUUGGGAAGUGGGCAGUUGUCACUGGAGCCACAGAUGGGAUUGGAAAGGCUUACGCAGAGGAGCUUGCUCGAAGGGGCUUUGCUGUUGUGCUGAUCAGCCGCACCCAGGAAAAGCUGGACGAUGUUUCCAAGGCGAUUGAGAGCAAAUAUGGGGUCGAGACCAAGACCAUUGCAGCUGACUUCAGUGCUGUGGACAUCUACCCCAAGAUUCAAGAAGGAAUUGCUGGACUUGAGAUUGGAGUUCUGGUCAACAAUGUCGGCGUAUCAUACUCAUACCCGGAGUUCUUUCUUGAAAUUCCAAAUCUUGACAAUGUCAUCGACACCAUGAUUAAUAUCAACAUCACGUCAGUGUGCCAGAUGACGCGUCUUGUUUUGCCUCAGAUGGCUGAGAGGAAAAGAGGUGCCAUCCUGAACAUCUCCUCUGCCAGUGGGAUGUAUCCUUGCCCCCUCCUCUCCGUCUACUCAGCUUCCAAGGCCUUUGUGGACUUCUUUUCUCGAGGACUGCAGGCUGAAUACUCCAGCCGAGGAAUCAUCAUCCAGAGUGUUCUGCCAUUUUUCGUGGCAACUAAGCUGAGCAAAAUUCGUCGGGCAACGCUGGACAAGCCGACUCCCGAGCGUUACGUCGCCGCCGCUCUCAACACCGUCGGGCUGCAGGCACAAACUAACGGCUACUUUCCUCACGCCAUCAUCGGGUGGCUGACGACCGCACUGGUGCCCGCCAAGUUAGCCAGCAGUCACUUCAUGAAGAUGGCGCUGUCCCAGCGUGCACGCUACCUGAAGAAGCAGAAGCUGGGCUAGAAGAUGAGGCUUCUGAGGAGAGCUGCAGCAGAGUCUGGACCAAAGUGUGUCGCCAACCAAACCGCCCUUUGUACUGAGGAGUAGAGGAGAUGUUUCAGUCUUUAAAUAAAUUGCCGUUCACCAAAUUAACUUUUGGUGUAGGUUAACAGAUACUUGUGAACUAAGUUGACAAGUACUGUCUUCUUGAGGUAUGUUGUCCUUGCUUGCUUCACGUCAGUUGACAAAAAUGCUUUGACAUUAUUGUUGCUUUUAUUUAUCUGUCAUAAUGCACUUAUCUGAAGUUACCUGUAUCUCUGCAUUGUGUGUUGCAACAGUGAUAAAAGGUUUGACUAAUGUUAGCGUCAUGAUAAUUAUAUGGCACACUGUAAAAUGUUCUACAAAAUAAAACUGAAAUCAUGGCAACAUUUA